CUGGAUCAAAUCUUCAUCUGAGCACUCAGUCUACUAGUGACUCAAGCGAGAUAUCAGCUGUCCAGAAUGAGCUCUUUCCAUUUUACAAAGGUCCCACCAGAUGACCAGAUGUACACAGAUAUCAAGUCACUCAAUAAGUUUGAGGAAAAGCCGUUUUGUCAGCUGUUAGACAUCGUGUUUUCGUUUCUUGUCUCACCGAAGGAAGGUUCAAGAUUCAUGUCCCAAAUUGCAGAAUUCGCUGAAGAACAUGGACUGGGAACUAAUGCGUUGAAAAAUGUCGUCAAAAGUUUGCUUAGCUUCUUCAAGAGUGCAUUAAAAAGUAAUUUAACACCGGCUCAAGUGAAAGAAGACCUGGAACAUCUCGGUUUGUCUGGAGAGAAUUCUCCUCACAUCUCAGAGCGAUGGAAGGCAAACCUUGUUGCCCUGUCACGCUCUGUUGUUGGUCAAACAUUCAUGGUGAAUGAACUUGUCGACAUGGAAUGGAAGUUUGGGGUUACAGCUGGAAGUAGUGACUUAAAAGUUGUGGGACAAACAUUUUUACAGUUGAAGAUGGUGGUGGAUCGUGGUGGUGCACAAGAAGAUGUUUUUAUGGAAAUGACUUUGCCACAGUUCUAUUCUUUCUUGCAUGAGAUGGAGAAAGCUAAGUCUGCCCUUGAAUAUUUUAGUUGAGAUGAUUAAUUUUGUGUUUGUAUAACCUUUUAGCUCCUAAGAGUGAUCAGCUUUUAAAUUCUCCAUGCUGAAUGUUAUGAAC